GGAGACACCACAACAGCAAACUCGUGCUUAUCGGAGACACCACAACAACAGCAAACUCGUCGUCGUCGUGCAAAAGGCUGGCGGGCUGGCUGUUCGGUCGGUGGUUGAUAGAUUUGCGAAUACGACUUUUUGCUAGUGGUUACUGUUCGUUGGUUGGUUUCUUUUGA